AUGGAGAAACAGAAACUCUCACAAGAAGAAGAAAUAAAAGAGUCAAAUAAUUACAGUAACAAAACUGUAUGGGAUUGUGGAAGCACUCUCUAUGAUUCCUUCGAACUCAACUCCUUCAAACACCAACUUGACUCAGCCAUAAACAGAAGAACACUUUCCAUGUCUCAUUUACCAGAUCGUCAAGUCACAGUUCUUCAGAAAUCAUCAUCUUCUUCUUCUUCUUCUUCUUCUUCGGUUACCUCAAGGAAGCCGUACAAGAUCUCUCGCUCUUUUCAUAAAUUCAUUCGUUCCGUUUUCAAGUCAAGCAAUGAUAAAUCCAACGUUUCUUCAAGCAGCAAUAGUUUCAAAGUGGAAGAAAAAUACUCUAAUGAGCGUUUCUACGUGGUUUUUGAUAAAUCUGGAUCGGUUCUUUCUACUAUACCAGAAGCUCCUGAGUUUGAGAUCGGUUCUCUUUCGCCGGAAAUCUCUUCUUUGGUUAAAAGGUCUGCUUCGGAGAGGUUCACGACCACCACGAUUGGUAUUGCGUGUGCUUAG